GAACGCAACGUCAAGAGACGCCGUCGCUCAAACGUACUCAACGCCGGCAUCGCGCUUAAAGAAGGGCCACCGAGCGCUGGAGCGAUCUGCAUUGGCACGUACACUGGCGCAGCUGGACCGCGCUCGUCGCUCAAGAAAGGCAGGCAGACAGACAGGCGCGGCUCGGAGCUCCGCGGAAAAGCCCGAGACAUCGCAGAACUCGCACGCCGAGCUGGGGCGGCCGCGGGAAGAAACACGAGCCGCCGGUGACGUCAGCCAUCACUGCGUACGCGGCCGUGUGCUGGAAUGUGAGGGGGACCUGCGCGUGCCGGAGCAAACUGUCGAGGGGGGAAAAACUUUGGAAACAUUUCGACUCGCAAGUUUCCAGUUUUCGUUUUAAUCUCUCGAAGGACUGGCGAUCUAGCAUGGCUGCCCAGCCUGUUUAUCCCAUUGGAGUGGGCAUGUUUACUCCUGUGGUGUCUGUGCCCAUGGCAGGUGAGGGCCAGGGAGUGACGGAUAUGGCUGCCCCGCAGUUGGUCAUGCUUGCCAACGUGGCCCUCACUUCCGAGGGCACCAAUUGUGAGAGCCUCACGGAGGAGAAACAGAUGGUGGAACUGAAGACGGUGGGCAGUGGCAGCUACUCUGAUAGCGAGGAUGAGGCGCUGACGCGAUUCAGUGGGUUUGACGGCCAAGCAGAGGCGCCUUUGGUCGUGUACGACGAGGCCCAGCCGGAUCCACCAUGCCAGACUGCCGCGGAGCCGGAGCCAGAGCCAGAGGAGACGAGAAAUGAUCAGGAGGGGGUAGCUGAACCUCCAGAGCAGGAUCAGUCUCCGGCAGGAGUAGGCAAGCGUAAGCGCAUACAGCGGCCUGUGGAACCACCCAAGAAGAAAAAGCCAUUCCACUGCAAGCCCUGUCAGUAUCAGGCGGAGUGUGAGGAGGAUUUUGUCCAUCACAUCCGUAGGCAUAGUGCCAAGAAGCUAAUCGUGGUUAAUGGGGCGGAGGCUGAGGCUGAGGGAGCGGCCAAGGACUCAGCAUCCAGUGCUGAGGGAGGGGACGGGUUGGUGUACACGAAGGGAGUGAUUCGCUGUGAACGCUGCGGCUAUAAUACAAACCGCUAUGACCACUAUGUGGCCCACCUCAAACAUCACACUAAGGAGGGGGACAGCCAGAGGGUUUAUAAAUGUACCAUCUGCACGUACACCACCAUCAGUCAGUACCACUGGAAGAAGCACUUGCGGAACCACUUCCCCAGCAAGCUGUACACCUGUGCACAGUGCUGCUAUUUCUCUGAUCGCAAGAACAACUACGUGCAGCACAUUCGCACUCACACAGGGGAGCGUCCAUUCCGGUGCCCAUACUGCAAGUAUUCAAGCUCCCAGAAAACGCACUUGACCCGGCACAUGAGAACGCACUCAGGUGAGAGGCCAUUUAAAUGUGAGACCUGUAGCUACCUAGCUGCCAACCAGCAUGAAGUGACUCGCCAUGCCAGGCAGGUUCACAACGGCCCCAAACCCCUGAGCUGCCCACAUUGCCAGUACAAGACGGCGGAUCGCAGCAAUUACAAAAAGCACGUAGAGCUUCAUAUCAACCCUCGGCAGUUCCUUUGCCCCGUCUGCAGCUACGCUGCCUCCAAGAAGUGCAACUUGCAGUAUCACAUCAAGUCCCGGCACCCAGACUGCUCUGAGAUCACCAUGGAUGUAUCCAAAGUCAAGUUGCGUGUCAAGAAACCUGAUUCUAACUCCACUUACUACAAUGUGGACGGGAACACCCAGUAUGUGUUGACAGGAAUCAAGGAACGGAAAGGGCAGCCGGAGAAAAGAUCUGUCAAGCAAGGAAAUGCUACUGCAGAUGAACAGCAGAACCUGACCCCGAUGAACCUCUCUAUGCGGAAAUCUAACAGGCCAGCUUCAGCACCUGCUGCCGAGAAAGAGCGCAAGGACAAGACCUCCAAGAAAGGGGAGCAAAACUCUGAGAAAGCUGGCACAGGAAAAGCAGAGAAGGGUUUGGCAGAGGAGAAGGGGACGGAGAAGCAGAAAGAGAAAUGUGAACGACGGGAGAGAAGUGGUGGGAGAACAACAAGAAUGGAGAAGGCUGAUUGUGAUGGGAAACAGGCUGAGAGUGGCCUGGAAAAAGUGGAAAAGAAAAAAGAGGCCAAGAAGACCACCAAAGCUUCCCGGCUCUCGGAUGGUACGGUAGUCAAGACACCAAACAGAAGGGGAAGGAAAUCUGCAAAGAUGACAACAGGCUCAGAAGAGAAGGAUAAGAUGGAGAAGGUAGAGAAGAAGAAGGAGAAAGCUGAAAAGGAAAGGAUGGAGAAGGAGAGGACUGAAAAGGCCAGAGUGGAGAAAGAGAGGGUUGAAAAGAAGAGGUUGGAGAAGGAGAGGGUUGAGAAAGAGAGGUUGGAGAAGGAGAGGGUUGAACAGGAGAAGGUGGAGAAGGAGAGGGUUGAACAGGAGAAGGUGGAGAAGGAGAGGGCUGAGAGGGAGAGGGUGGAGAAGGAGCGGCUUGAAAAGGAGAAGGCAGAGAGGGAUAGAGUUGAGAAAGAGAGGGCCGAGAAGGAGCGAGUAGAGAGGGAGAAGCUGGAGAAGGAGCAGGCUGAGAGGGAGAGGGUGGAGAAAGAGCGGACCGAGAGGGAGAAGGCAGAGUCAAAGAACAAAAAGACAGUGAAGUCUGACAGAAGUGCUUGCCAGAGUUCACCUAAAGUGAUGAAGGAUGUGGAGGAUAAAGAUCAAGGAAGGGAUUUUGAAUGUUGGGAACUUCCAAGAAAAUGUGAAAGCAGGGAAGUGGCAAAUACUUAUGGUAAGAGAAAGGCAGAAGAAUUGGAGCAGUCUUCACACUGCCAAGGGACUUCUGAGCCCUCUGUCUCCAGGAAAAGCAGAAGGAAGAAAGCUGAGGACAUGCCCCUUCAGGCUUCCAGCAUCUUGCGUAGCAAGCGGAAGGUACUGCAAACUUGCCAGGCCACCAGGGGCAAAGACAAACCAGCCAAGGGGCUUGGCCUGCCUGUUGUAGUUCAGCUGCAGACAAAAACCAAAAAGGUACAAAGCAAGAAGAAGCAGAGCCUGAGCUUGUUAGAGCCAAGCAUGGUGGACGAGAACAUUGUGGAGCAAGUGCUGGAAGGGGAGAAUCCCACAGUGGAGACCGAUGCAUCAGCCAUGGAGGCAGAACACCAAGUACUCAUUCAGACACCUCAGGAGACCACUGCAAACAAGGACCAACAUAAUGUCGAGGCUCACCUUGGUCUUCUCAGGAAUCCUGUAGACGGUGUAAAUGAGGAAGAAAGGACUGAGAUGGAGCAUGGACCGGUGAACAGUGCACCAAAUGAGGUUCCUGAGGCAAGGGGGAAAGCCUUGGAGCCCCAGAAGGGAGAGCAAGGUCAGCCAAGUUCUACUCUGGAGCUUCCUCGGACGGGUCACAAGCCCGCCGAAACCGAAGAAGAUGAGGGUAUACACAGCCACGACGGCAGUGACAUCAGUGACAACGUCUCCGAGGGCAGCGACGACUCCGGCCUCAGCGGCUCAGGAAAGCUCGCAGGACCAGAGACCCCCACGGAGGAGGUGCCCCCCGUCCCCACAGCCACAGCACUCCCGAGUCACACCUGCAUUUUUUGUGACCGCACGUUCCCCAUGGAGGUGGAGUACCGGAGGCAUUUAAAUCGGCACCUGGUGAACGUAUAUUACUUGGAGAGCGCUGCCUCUGAGGAGCAGUGAGCGUCCACUAGGGUCUUUGAUCGAAUGGCCUAAUAUUUCUAUUUAAUUUUUCUUCCUCAAACUGUAUACUUUAUAUAGCAGCUACAAGCAAGGUAUCAAGUGUUCAGCCUUUAGCAGCUGUAAAACAAAUGACUUUUUUUUACAGUUAUUUAAUACUGAUUCAUUUUCAUAAUGCUUUACUGUAACCAUCAGAAACUGAGAUGUUAGCUUUAUGGAGUGUGUCUGCACUGGAUAUAGCUUCUUUAUGUUUAGGUCGGAUCACAGAUAAACAGUACUAGUUGUCUUCUUUCAUCACUGGAACCAGCUCCGGGUUUUCAUUUCAUUUUGGCCUUUAUGUCCAUAGCAUUAGAUGACGUGUCAAGUAUAUAACUGAUCAAGUGUGUCUAGAGAGGCAAUCUGAUGGUAAUCAUGAAUUCUGUGUGGGAACCACUCUCACUCGGUCCUACUGAUUGAGCUAAAGGGUGUAUAGACCAUGGUGAGACCUCUGAGAGCUGGAUUGUGCCCUUAGGUAGAACAGCGAUUGCAUGUUGCUGUUUUUUUUUGUUUUUUUUAAAUGUGUACUAGAAACCAAGUGCCGAAGGAAUCUGGAAUUUUGACAAGGAGUUCUAACAAGAACCCUGUUACGUUUUUAUAUGGAGUAAGUAAAGAGUGCCCCACAACCCCCAGCUCAUGAGUUCCCCCCAUUUAUCACUCUGUCUGCGGGCCACAAUGACAGAGUGCAUUGUGAGCAGACGCGUGACGCUUCUAAAUGAGGAGCCAAAGAUGGCCCCUUUCACCACCCCCGUGGUGAGACGAGAUUGGGCGGACCCAGGUGGUCGAAAGCCAGCAGGGUUGAGAAGAAUGGGCCUCUGGCUUCUUUUGUGAUGGAUUCUUCAGUGGAGCGUUCUGUGUCUGGUGAGUCAACAUGGGGGGGUGGAGCAACGCGCGCUCAAUUGACAGCCAGUAAAGAGGCAUUGUUCCUCCAUCCUUUUGGUGAGCACUUUGCAGCCAAUGAAACUGCAUUUGUUUCUUUUGUUUACAGGCCUGCCUUACCGUUGUAUUGGAUCACUAGAACAUGUUGACUCCAUAUGGUGGCUCACACAUUUUAAAGUUCUGUUGUGGCCUUUUGAUGUUACAAAUGUGCAGCUGGAGGAUGGAGUGUGGGUGCUCCUUCAUAAUCAUUCUCUGUGAAUGAGUUUGUGAGCAGGUAUCUGGCGCAUGUCGGACGUCGCUUCCCCCCCCCCCAAAACACAAAUUAUUAGAAAUUUAUUUCUUAGACUGUAUGGUGAAAAUGCAUCUCCAUGGAGGUAAAUGCCAGGCAAAACUCUCUGCACUUUCACUUCUACAUGGGAGACCAAGGAACGAUCAGCCUGGCGGUCAUGCAGAGUAUAAACCCUGGCCACUGGUGUUUGACAGCAUCAGUUUCCAGUAAUAUUCAUCCCCUUAAGUUUUGCGUUAACUACGCAACUGUAGAAUUGUGUACAUAAAGAAUUCAAAGCUUCAUUUGUUGUAAGAAAAGUUAGUAAGUUUUUUUUUUUUGCUAUCUUUGUCCAAAGAUUUUUUUUUACGUUGAGCACACUUUUUUAUUGCAUGCUACACUUGUUGCUUUUUUGGUGCUUUUGACAAUCAUUCUAUGGUUUUUCAUUUUUAAACCUCUCCUUCUAUCGUUUCUAUUAAAUGGUGAUGAGAGAGUAUUUCAAACAAACACCCUUUUGUUGAAAGUAAUCCUUUACAGAGCUCCUUUUUGGCUGGUGGGUGACUUGCGAGUGUUUGAACCAUUCCUUGAUCUGAAGUUGAAGCAUUGCUUUGCUUCGACCAAGGUCAAAUGCCUCUUUUCUUAGCCUGUAAUUGCCCUAAAUGUGAUUUUUGCCUUUAAACCAUGUGUUGACCCCAGUUUUAGGGGAAGAAAUGUAAUCAAAGGAGCAUUUCUUUGAGGGGUCAUUGCAAGAUUUACACCAUUAAAUCAGUAUGCUCCCAA